CACUCUUCUACGUUUGUCUCUCUCUCAAUUCUGCUAUUUUUCUGUAUUAGAAGCCAAUUCUCUUGGCUUAGUUCUACCGAUGAUUCACUGUUAGAAUCUCUGCUUACAAUUGUGGCUAGGCUUUGCUCGUUAUCCCUGAUCUGGUCUUGUUUUUGGCCACAUUACGCGAAGAUUUAUUGAUUUUCUCGAGCAUAUUCGGUUUCUGUGCAAUGCUUUAUAUGCCGUGUUCUGUCUUUUUUUCUCUUUUAGUUAAGUUUUGUAUUUUUUUUUUCCUAUUUCUUGUAAUUUGGCAAGAAGCGUGUAGAUAUAGGGGUUGCUGUUGCUUUCCAUGGGUUGUUUUCCAUUAAUACCAUCUGUAUUAUUGUUGUUUCAUGAUGUUUAGUCGUUUUUCUAUUGAAAAAAAUUAUGAAAAUGAUUUUUAAACGGCAGAUUUGUUCUCUUAAAGUUAAUCUUUAUUAUUAUGAUUUUUGAAUUGGUGUCUCUUAAUUAUAAUCUCCUAAUGUAACUUCACAAUCAUGGUCUAGUAACGUGAAUUGUAGAAAUUUGUUUCUACAAGUAUAUGAACACCAAUUUUUGACUGUUAAUUUGAAGUCUUUUAGAAUUUGUGUAAUUCGGUGAGCUAAACUGGAGUGUGCACAUGCUUGAAUGUGUGCCUUAGCAUGUAAAAUCCUUAUGCCUAUUAGCAUUUUUCCUUAGAUUGAUCCUUAGAUUUCUUUGCUUGUUACUCAAGUACUGCGCCUCUUCCAGAUCCGGCCUUUUUUUUUUCUUCUUUCUGCCUUAUAAUUAUAUUACUUACUAUGCCUCUUUCUUUUUCUUUCUUUUAAUUUUUUUAAUUCAAAUGCCUCUUCUUUUAGUUCAUUGUUUAUCAUGAUGGUAGAUGUCUUGGACCCAACUCCAGUGAAUUGUUGUUCAUUUUGGUCCACUGGUCUCAUGGAGUCAUGAUUUCUACUAUAAAAUGUGUCUCUUAUUGUUGAAGCCUAAACCAUCCUUGUAAAUUCAAGAUUUCUUAUUACACAUCCGAAGUAGGACUAUGACCAUCUUCCUUGUCCAAUCUCUGACACCUCAUCAGAGUGCCUUGUGUAUGAUUUCACAUGGUAGUACCUCUUGGGUGGCUCUAAUACCAAAUGUAAUGGUCUUGGGCCCAAUUACGGUGGAUUUUUGUUUGCUUUGGCCCACUGGAUUCAAGAGUUUGCCCCAUAAAAGGCGCCUCACUUGGUUAGAGUCCAAACCAUCCUUAUAAGUCCAAAAUUCCCCCUAGUACACAUCCGAUGUUGAAUUGUGACAGUAGGAUAUAACCAUAUAAGCAAACCUAUAGGUUCUAUUGCUACAAACUUAAUUUUUGCUUCUUGAUAUGGAUUUUAUGUUUUGGCCUUGGGGUUUGUUGAUGGUUAUGUUGGUUAUUUUUAGUUAGGUCUUCCAUUUUACCUAAUUAUUCAACAUGUUAUUAGAGAAAGAUCAAACCUAAGCCCUAUUACUAAAUCAAACUCAGCUGUUACUAGAAAACACCCUGCUGUCGCGGCCCUUCUUAGAAUCAUCAAAACCCUUCUAUAUUUCACGAAACCAACCACAUAGCCAAAAACAAAACCCUCCAACCAAUAGCGCUAUAAAAUUCCAUCCGCCCCCCACCCCCCUCCUCCAUGCACCAGUGUGUGAGAAUUUCCAGCCAGAUUUUGCUGCAUUUUUUCUCAAGAAUGUCUUAAUUUCUUCCAUAGACCACAAUAUCAAUUAUCAAGCUGUUGGGCAUUUUAUUUGUUCACAGUUCAAACCUUUUUCGACCAUACACUUGUGGCAAUCUGUUAGUUGUUAUUCAAUAUUAGUAAAAUCUUUAUGCCUAUUUAGCAGUUCUCCUUAGACUGAUCCAUAGAUUUCUUUUCUUGUUACUCAAGUAUUGCCCCUCUUCUAGAUUCCGCCCGUUUCUUUUCUCUGCCUUAUAAUUGUUAUUACUUACUAUGCCUCUUUGAUUUUGUUUCUUUUUAUUUUUUUUUAUUCAAAUGUCUCUUCUUUUAGUUCAUUGUUUUUAUGGUAUAAUAUAACCAUACAAGUAAACCUAUAGGUGUUUCUAUUGCUAGAAACAUAAUUUUUUCUUCACGAUAUGGAUUUGAUGCUGUAGGCCUUGGGGCAAUAGGUAUCUUAUCACUUAUAGUAUAAGAUUAAUGGGUGUUAAUCUCCUUAGCGCUUCAUUUUAUCUUCUGGCACACUUACCAAUCUAGUUUUCUGCUGCUUAAUCACUUCAUCUCUCGUCUCAGUGCAACCUUAGUAAUGUUCUCCAUUUUGGCUUAAGUAUUUUCCAGCUGUUAGAUCUGAUAAGGAAUGACUUGAAUCAGUAGUCAGCUGUACUGGUUAAAUCAAGCUGUUAGAGUUUUGAGUAAUCCUACAUUAAUUGGGCCAUGAUUUCAGGCUUAUAAUUAUCAGUUUGUGUCAUUUUGAUAUCUGGGAAUUAGGUUGCCAGCUAUCAUGUAAAUUUGAUGUUAUGGUGAACUGAAGUAACUUUUUUUCAGUGUUGGAAUAGUAAUUGAUGUGCAUACCUGCCCAUGCAUAAUGAUUUGUGUUCAUAGUACUGAUUCUAAUAAGAUUUUUAUUUUUAGCUUUUACUCAGUUUACUUGCAUUAUUGUCUAAUUUUCAUCUCAUUGCUUUCCAUCUUAGAAUGCCGAAGGGUUAGUCAUACCAUGCAAUUAGCAAUCAGUGCAUGGGUAAACCUUGAGUUUAAAUCAGAGACCAUGGGUCGUGGAGUCAGCAGUGGAGGCGGACAAAGUUCUCUAGGCUACCUUUUUGGAAGUGGUGAGGCUCCAAAAGCAGCCACAAGCAAUGCAGAAGUUGUUCCGAAUGAGGGACCUGCUGCUAGCAACAAGACCUCCCCAAAGUCUGCUGCAGCACCACCGCCAGUAGACAUUCACAAGCAGACUCCUGCAGGCAUCCAGGGCAACACUGCAAACAAUACCAACAACUACUUCCGAGCUGAUGGACAAAAUUGUGGCAACUUCAUCACGGAUCGACCUUCCACCAAGGUCCACUCUGCCCCUGGCGGUGGAUCUUCUUUGGGCUACCUUUUUGGUGAUGGGGGCAGCAAAUGAGGCCUUUCGUUAAUGGAAGAAUUGGUUGCUGCAGACCCGUUGAGUUGGGAGGGACAAUAUUUCAACCUUUGAGACUAUGUGCUCUCUGAAUUGUAUUGUGUAAUAUGGGAUCUUUGGAACCACUUCUGGAAUUGAAAAUAUGUUGAAUUUGUAAGUGUUGCAUUAGAAAAGCAUUGAAAGUUAAAAAAGUACUAUUUAGUUGUGUCUAAAA